AUAUACAGUGCAGCAGCACUAUGGGCGUACGCAUCUGUCAUAGUUGUUACACUAACAGUUGCUGUACUUAGAGGGGGCUUGUUUGUUAAACGGGGAGGUAUCUCAUCGAACCCGGACCACGACUACAUCUAUGUGCCUGCGAGCAAGCGGGCGCUAGCCUACGAGCGUUGUGCGUUUGUAGCUAAACUUUUAACACGCCCUGAAGAAGGCAGUGGUAACAGUAGCGCUGGUAUGGAUAUGAUGGGGAAGUCAGUGGUCGCUGAAAAAGCACGUGAGGUUGACACAACAAACAAACAAGCAGACAAAUAUGCAACGGCAAGCAAUGCAUCAGGCCACCAAUACAAUGUUGAUGGACUAAUCAUUAGCCCAGUCAGUAAGGAAACUGGAAGUAGAGUGGGUAGGAAUUUGUCACUAUUAGAUGAGAAUGCAGUGGAGAUGGUGGACCUGCACUCAAGUGACUACACAUCGACCGACGAUGACGAUGAUACGGAAGGUGGAGGGGAGAGGGAACCAUUUCACAAGGAUCUACAUAUAGACAGGUGGCAUGUGAGCAGACAUAGGAGCAAACCACAACACAGCAAUACCCACAAUAGCCACGGUACUUACAAUACUCACAACAUUCAUAAUAUACACGGACAUACGCGAACACAUGCGUUUGCUCAAGUAAGACCUGGUUCGUAUGGGAAGCGGAGAGAAACACAUACACCGGGCCAUGUGAGGUAUCCUAUGUCCCCUAAUAGCUCGUUAAGGUUGGCAACCCCCAUGGGAAGAUACACAUCCAAAGACAAGCUUACACAAACGUAUAAGGAUACGCACUCGGCGCUAACUAGAAGAGUGACUCACCACCCGAUGCCAAGUAAAUACCUAGAUGAAAAACAUGACAACGAUACCUCGGAGAAGGAUGUGUCCGCCUUCCCGGCCAGGAGACGGAGUUCUAUGGUGAUAGCAGCCUACAGUGGCGGCAGCAAACUCGACACAAAUAUUAGUAAAUACAACGGUGACAGCAACUACACCAAGGAAAACAAAGCGGGGAAGGGGUUGUUCUUACCAGCACCCAGCACCCCACAGACAAGCUACGAUCCCGUCAACCAGGCCCUGAACUGUGUAGACGCUUUAGUGUAUGUAGACGAGACCGGGGUGAGUGUGUUGUGUGGGCGUGCGCUAGUACGCAUGUAUGUCUCGUACCGCAACAUACGCAAGAUUGUGCCGUACACGCGGUGGGUGUCCUUGUUAAGCACGAUGGAGUACUGUGUGCGGAUCGAGAGCUGGAGUGACGAAUUGCCUAAUUGGGACCUCCUACUGCAGAGUAGAAGCGAGCGAAACAAACUGCUGGACACCAUUGACCUGUGGCAGUUUGUGUCGAGAAUCGGCCCUGAAGUCUACAACACGGCGGGCGACGAUACGGCCUCUCUUCAGGCGGAAAUCGCCAGUCUGGGUGAGUCGUAAUAUGUAUAGUACUGCUGCAAACUAUGAGGGCGCACACUCACACAUACAUACGCACACGAUAGUACCCUCAAGCGCGACUCGCACGCGCAGAACUCGGCAGAGGCGGAGGAACUCCGCUCAGCGCAGGUAUAAGAAUAAGGCAUGAAAGCGUACUAUGGAUAGGUAUACUUGUCAUCCACACUGAAGGAUGGAUAGGUAUACUUCUUAUCCACUACUGAAGGAUGGAUAGGUAUGCUUGUCAUCCACUACUGAAGGAUGGAUAGGUAUACUUCUCAUCCACUAGUGAAGGAUGGAUGGGUAUACUUCUCAUCCACUACUGAAGGAUGGAUAAGUA